UUGGAGCAGCGAGCGGCGGCAGCGGCAGCGACAGCAGGAACAUUAGCAACCACAACCGCAGCAGCUGGAGGACCCACUACGGAGGAGACGACAACGACGGCAGCGGAGAGAGGGGCCUGGAGCCGACCCUGACUCCUUCGUCUCUCCCGUCCCGGGAGGUAGAGCGCCCGAGCCCAGGCCCCCCCUCUCAGCCAUGAACCUGGCCAGUCAGAGCGGGGAGGCCGGCUCCAGCCAGCUGCUCUUCGCCAACUUCAACCAGGACAACACAUCCUUAGCUGUUGGGAGUAAAUCUGGUUAUAAAUUCUUCUCCCUUUCCUCUGUGGAUAAGCUGGAACAGAUUUAUGAAUGUACUGAUACAGAAGAUGUGUGUAUUGUGGAAAGAUUAUUUUCAAGUAGCCUGGUGGCCAUUGUUAGCCUCAAAGCUCCACGAAAGCUAAAAGUCUGCCACUUUAAGAAGGGGACUGAAAUAUGUAAUUAUAGCUAUUCCAAUACCAUAUUGGCAGUCAAAUUGAAUAGACAGAGGUUGAUAGUAUGCCUAGAAGAAUGUCUUUACAUACACAAUAUUCGUGAUAUGAAGGUACUGCAUACAAUCAGGGAAACUCCCCCAAACCCUGCAGGUUUGUGUGCACUGUCAAUAAACAAUGACAAUUGUUACCUGGCUUAUCCUGGGAGUGCAACUAUUGGAGAAGUACAAGUCUUUGACACCAUUAAUUUGAGGGCUGCUAAUAUGAUACCAGCUCAUGAUAGUCCCCUAGCAGCUUUGGCUUUUGAUGCAAGUGGUACCAAACUUGCCACAGCUUCUGAGAAGGGUACUGUUAUUAGGGUAUUUUCCAUUCCAGAAGGACAGAAAAUCUUUGAGUUCCGGAGAGGAGUGAAGAGGUGUGUAAGCAUCUGCUCUUUGGCCUUCAGUAUGGAUGGAAUGUUCCUCUCUGCUUCCAGUAACACUGAAACAGUGCACAUCUUCAAACUUGAGACUGUGAAAGAGAAACCUCAGGAGGAACCAACUACCUGGACUGGUUACUUUGGGAAAGUUCUUAUGGCCUCUACCAGCUAUUUGCCCUCUCAAGUAACAGAAAUGUUUAACCAGGGAAGGGCAUUUGCUACUGUCCGACUACCAUUCUGCGGUCACAAAAAUAUCUGUUCACUUGCCACAAUUCAGAAGAUUCCCCGAUUAUUAGUAGGAGCUUCUGAUGGUUACUUAUAUAUGUACAACCUGGAUCCUCAGGAAGGAGGGGAAUGUACCCUGAUGAAACAACACAACCUUUUCAAAGAAAUAGAGGAGGAAUAAAUUGCCCAACUGUCCCUAGACUGAGACAUACUUCCUUCAACAUGACCACUUGGAGUGAACACCACCAGAGUUCACUUCUGAGUGGUACAUAAUUAAUGAAUGAAUUGCUCCUUUGUUAGUAGGACACAGUGACUGGGCCUAGCUAUUGCUGGUCAACACCAAUGAGGUAGCUUCCUGAAGUCUGACUCCUCUCUCGCCUGUUGUGGCUAAUAGCAAACUACAGUCGAUUCUGUGGA